AUGGCCUCUGCAGACGAAGACAAUUUUGACAUUGAUAUUUACGGCGAUGGCGAGGUCGAUAUGGGUAACGAUGGAACCAUGGAUUACAAGGCGGAGGACGAAGAUAUUCAGCUGCAGACGGAGGAAGAUGUGCCCGUAUUAGCGGAAGAGACACAUGCGGACCCCGCAACUGAAGACAAACAGCCUAUCUCAAGUCCAACUGCCUCUCUUGCCAAGGGAAAACCCGACGAGGUUGAAGCCGAACAUUCCGAUUCCAUUGCCUCCAAACCCGUCCCACAGCAAGGUGUCAAACGUAAAGAGACCUCGGACGAGAGACCCAUCGACCACGGAGCUACCAACGCGUUGAUGAUUUCAGACUUACAUUGGUGGACGACCGAGGACGAUAUUCGUGGUUGGGCUAACGAAGCAGGGACUGAAGACGAACUGAAGGACCUGACUUUCAGUGAACACAAGGUCAAUGGCAAGAGCAAAGGCCAAUUGUAUCUCGAGUUUUCUACGCCUCAAGCAGCGACUGCCAUGAAGCACAAGAUCGACUCACUGGCCGGCAGCCAGCCUGGCUCGCGUAAACACUCUGUCGUAUACACUAAUGCCACUCAGAAUCCGUUCAAGACGCUCCCCAAAGAUGCGCCUGCUCGAGUCAGGGAAGAGAGACCGGUUCGCGGGGGGUCAUUCAGUUCUGGACCUCGUUCUGAUACCAGUUACGGCAUGAACAACCAAGGCUUUCGAGGUGGCCGGGGUGGCGGGUUCAACCGCGGUGGUUAUAACAUGCACAAUCAGUACAACCGCAAUUUCUCUGGUCCGAUGGGUGGCUACAACAACAACAAUAACCACCAAAACAUGGGCUUUCAGAACAACAUGGGGAUGGGAGGUAAUUACGGCGGCUUCAACAAUAGGGGUGGGAUGAUGGGCAACCCCAUGCGAGGCGCUAUGGGUGGCAUGCGCGGAGGCCGUGGGGGCAUGAACACCAUGAUGCCCAUGGGUGGUGGAAUGGGGAUGGCAAAUAUGGGCAUGAAUCCCAUGAUGGCUGGAAUGGGAAUGGGAGGCUUUCAAGGAAACCAGUUCAAUCCAGGAAUGUUCAACUCCACGCCAGGUCAGAAUUUUGGUGGCGGCGAUUGGAAUCAACACGGAGCGAAACGUCAGCGACAGGAGCAAUUUGGAACCUUGACGGAGAAGGUGGCCGAUUAUGAAAAACUGCUCAGGGAACUGAUAUCGAAGGUUGAUGAAGACGACGCAAGAUUGAUCCGAGCAUCGCUGGAGAAGGAAUCGAAUUAUGACGCCGAAGAAACCCUCACAGAAGGCACUGCUGAUGUUGCCCUAACUGGUGAUGUCGAUGCAGAAGAUGAUGAGUCCGGCGCGGAAUCAGAAGCUUCCGCAGGCGCUGGGUCCACGGGUGCACUAGAUCGAACCGAUGAGGAUUUCACCCGUGAGCAGGCCCGGAUGACGGGUUUCAUGGGGAAGAACUCCGAGGUCACCUGGCUCCAGCGCUUGCGCGAGCAGAACAAGUAUGGAGACGUUGAACAAGAUCGGCAAGGUAAUCAGAGGCAACAGGCGCUCGCUGCCAUGUCCAGUGCCUCGCUGACUUCGAAACGUCCAGUCGGUGACACCCAAAUCCCGCUUUCGGAAGCAGACGAAGGCUUCACUAUCAAAGAUUCCAGCUAUCACAUGGAUGACACAUCGAUAUUCAUGUACGAGGCCGUUGAUGCCUACGAGAUGCCUACGCCCGACGUUGCUGACCAUCUGUUCACUGCAUACAUGCAGCGAGUUCACUCGUCCUUUCCCGUGGUUGGAAGGUUGAAUCUCACCACUCAGUUUCGAAGGUUCAUUAGCGGGACCGUGCAAAGACCACCCGAGAAGUGGCUCGCGAUCCUCAACUUGAUCUUUGCAAUCGGUGCAAAGUAUUCGCAUCUAAUCAAAGCCGAAUGGAAAGGCGACGAGAGGGAUCAUCUGAUCUAUUUUACCCGGGCUCGACUGUUAAGUAUGAACUCUGAGACCAUCUUCCAUCAUCCAGAUUUGCAGCAGAUCCAGGUUCUAGGCUUGAUGUCUUUCUACCUGCUGUGCAACAGUCAAAUCAACCGUGCAUGGAUGCUGAAUGGAAUUGCUAUCCGAGGAGCUGGCGCCCUGGGACUGAACAUGCGCAAUGACAGCAAUGGCCUGAAGGAUUCACUCAAGGAAAUCCGCUACCGGCUUUGGUGGGCUCUCUACGCCCUGGAACAUCGUCUGUGCAAUAUGACGGGCAGGGUCAACUGUGUCAUGGAUGACCACUGUACUACACCUCUGCCAAUACCCCUAGAAGAAGAACAAUUCGAGACCGAGGAAGGCCAGAGACUUCUGAGCAAGGAGAUACAACAGGGUGACCGGGCGCCAUCCUCAAAUUCCCAAACCCCGAGUUUCGGGUCAACCCCUUCAACCGACCGCUCUCGUUCGCAAACCAAGAUCGACUCACGUUCGCCCUCGAUGCCUGGAGCUCUCAGAGCUGGUGACUUGGAAUGGGCGAAGGAUGUUCAACCUAACUCUUCACUAUAUUUUCUCCACCUGGUACAGUUGACUCGCUUGACCCAGAACAUCUUCCAUAGUCUGUACAACCCGGCGGCGAUCAAAGGAACGUGGUCAGAAGUUCAGGCCAAAGUGAAGGACCUCGACGAACGCCUUGAGCACUGGUAUCGCAAACUGCCUCAGGCAUUUGCUUUUCGACGGAAUCAGCGCGAGCGCGGGUCUUACGAAUUUCGCUUGAAUUUGGGUUUCUUCUACUACAGCACCAAGAUGACCAUCCAUCGACCCUGUCUCUGUCGACUUGACCGAAAGAUCCCAGGGCAAUCAAGCAAAUCACUCGAAUUCAACCGCAAUUCUGCCGCCUCUUGCGUGGAGGCUGCAAUGGAUAUGCUGCAGCUCAUCCCUGACAAACCCAAUGCCGUCGGGCUGAUUCGAGUCGGCCCCUGGUGGAACAUUGUACAUUGGCUAGUCCAAGCCACGACAGUUCUGAUGCUUGAGAUCUCGUUCCGAGCCAACCACAUGCCGGAAGAAGCAGAAGCUAUACUGGAAUCAUGCAAGAAAGGCAUCCGUUGGCUGCAUGCACUAGCAGAAGACAAUGUGUCGGCCAGGCGUGCCUGGACAAUAUGUUUCUCGCUGUUUGGGGAAGCAGUCAAAAAGAUUGGGCGUGAUGUUGACGAUUUGCCGCCGGAUCUUCCGGGCAGGCCUUCUCCUCCACGGCACGAUGUUUCCAUGGCAAAUUACUCUGCGGUCAGCAAUCCUCUGUCCCAGAACAUGUAUGUGUCGGCUCCAAGCGCGCCUUCUAUCUACAACACAAUGCCUGAGCUUCCAAGUGUGCAAGCAUUUGCCGCGUUCGACCCAAUGAUGCGGUAUGACCAAUAUUUCCCCCCGGAUAUGCUAUUGAACGAUCCCUCUUUACAUUUCCCACAGCCCACCGACGCCGAGAUCGAGUUUAUGAGCAAUGCGUACCAUGAAGACCAGGGUCAACAGCACCAAGGUGGCCCGUCCGAUCAAGGACCCAGGAUGAAUUGA